UAAUUGAAUGCUAAAAUCAGACUAAAAUAAUCAAAUUAAAAAAAAGAAAAAAAAAAUCACAGCAAAAUCAUUCAUUGCUGAAUGCGUAAAACGGUUAACUUCCUUCAGUGCAACACAACAGCAGUUCAGAUAAAAGGCUACGCCUGACAUCUGAUAAGCUUUGGCCAACGGCGACUCCCUGUUUUUUGUUCUUUGGAUUAGUAAGAUAGAUAUAGGUAAAAUAUCAUCUGACGAACUUGUCCAUACAAUGGAGAGGCUGAAGUCUUUGGUUCCGGAAGGUCUUAAACAAAUAGUGGCAGAUAGUAAUCCCGAUGAUCUUCAGUCAACAUCAUCUUCUCUUCUUCGAUUUCUCAUGAACUUGCCACAAUUUCACCAAAUGGUUAGAGAUUUAACAGAUGUGGAGGCUGCUCUUUGCGCGAAGAAUAAGGAGAAGGCAUUGGAGUUGAAGCAUAAAGCCAAUACAUGCUAUAUGAAUGGAAAUUACAACACAGCACUGGCUUGCUAUUCCCAGGCAUUGCGUGUUGCUCCAGCAGAUGCUAUUGACAUUGACAAAAAUCUGAUUGCGACAUUGUAUCUGAACCGAGCUUCUUUAUUGCACAAAAUAGGACUGUUAGUGGAGUGCGUAAGAGAUUGCAAUCGGGCCCUGCAAAUUUCUCCAUGCUAUGCAAAGGCAUGGUACAGGAGGGGAAAGGUAAAUGCUGCUUUAGGAAACUACAAAGAUGCAGUCCAAGACUUGAAUGUUGCUGAGUAUGUGGAGUCAUCAUUGGGUGGAAAGAAACAAAUAGCAAGUGAAAGAAAGAUAAUCUUAGAAAAAAAUGAGGGCACAGGUGGUCGACCGGUUCAUUGUAUUGAGAGGAGCUCGGGGAACUUGAAUGAGCUACCUCAAAUAAAGUUAUUAUGUGUUACCACACAAGACAAAGGAAGAGGUAUGGCUUCACCAUGUGAGAUUCCUCAAGCCUCCUUGAUCCACAUGGAAGAACCUUAUGCGCUGAUUAUAUUGAAGAGUUGCAGAGAGACGCAUUGUCAUUACUGCUUGAAUGAAUUACCAGCAGAUACAGUCCCCUGUAUAUCAUGUUCAAUACCACUGUACUGCUCCCAGCAUUGCCAAGAACAGGCAGGAGGAGAAACAAUCAGUUGCUUCAAAACAAAAGACAGAAUUAGUGAAAACCUUCCCAGCAAUCUUAAAGGGUAUAUUAUUGAGGUUACAUCAUAUAGUGACUCCGGUCCAGAUGUUGAGUGCUUUCCUGAACAUAAACAUGAAUGCCUCGGUGUGCACUGGCCUGCAGUAUUUCCACCUGAUAUCGUUUUGGCUGGUCGAAUGCUAGCAAAAUCUGUAUCUCAAAGAAGAGGUUUUGUGGAGUCUAACCUUCUGGGACCUCUGGAACUUUCUCACAGUUAUUCAAAAAUGAAUCCAGAAGGCAAAUUGGAAUUGCAUAUAUAUGCUAUAGUCUUGUUAUACUGUCUUCAACGCCCUUUUCGCUUUGAACUUCCAAUAAAUGGAGUCUCUUUAUCACAGACCAUCAUUCUUGUAUCUCAAAUCAGAGUAAAUGCUAUGGCAGUUGUCCGAAUGAAGUCUAUUGAUUCUUGUUGCCCACUGGAUCAGUUUAGGAAAUUUUCUCAUAUUGGAGAUGCUCUAACUAGUAGUGUGGAUCAGGUUCAUGUUUCUGUGGGUCAAGCCAUUUAUCGAGCUGGGAGUUUGUUCAACCAUUCAUGUCAGCCAAACAUCCAUGCAUAUUUCCUUUCCCGAACUCUAUUUGUUCGAACAACAGAACUUGUAGCAACAGGUUGCCCUCUGGAGCUGUCCUAUGGUCCUCGGGUUGGGCAAUGGGACUGUAAAGACCGCCUCAAGUUUCUGGAAGAUAGGUACUCAUUUAGAUGU